AUGAAGGUCUUCGCAUUAUCGGCAAUCCUUGCUGCCUCUGCGCCCCUUGCUCAGGCGCACUACAUCUUCAAUCGAUUGAUUGUCAAUGGCGCCUCCAUCGGCGGAGAGUAUGCGUACACGCGAAAGAACUCCAACUCUUACAAUCCCGCCUUUACAAGCGAGCUUAUGAACUCCAACGACCUUCGAUGCAACAAAGGUGCGAAGGCAGGAUCGACCGCAACGUACACUGUCAAAGCCGGAGAUAAGCUCGGCUUCAAGCUCUUCAACAACGAGUUCAUCGAGCACCCUGGCCCCGGGUUCGUCUACAUUUCGAAGGCACCCGAGUCUGGUGUCAAGGACUAUGACGGCAGUGGCGACUGGGUGAAGGUCUACGAGACCGCUCUGUGCGGCAGCAACCCCGGAACGGACAACAACUGGUGCUCAUGGCAGAAGGACCGGUUGGAAUGGACGAUUCAGAAGAACAUUCCUCCAGGCGAGUACCUUGUUCGCGUGGAGCACAUUGGUCUUCACCAAGCACAUGAGGGCAAGGCUCAGUUCUACAUCGAGUGCUAUCAGCUCAAGAUUGAAGGUUCCGGAGGAGGCAAUCCUGGACCCUUGAACAAGAUUCCUGGCAUUUACAAGGCGAACGACCCGGGAAUUGCCUUCAACAAGUGGAACAACCCCAAGUCUUACGUCGUGCCAGGCCCCAAGGUGUGGGAUGGAAAUUAA